GGGGCACGUUGUUCGAGAUGAUGGCCGCAGUUUAGGAAAGCAUAGGGCACCAAGAUCAAGAGGAAUGUCUGUGCUGAGGCUGAGUGUUCUGUCCCGAAUAUUUCGGGAGCAGUAUGUAUCCGGGAACGGGCCGUGUCUCCUGUGCAGGCGGGGUCCUGCCAGAGGAUGCCUGCUGGGGAACGUUUACAGAUGGACAUCCUCUGCCAGGCCAAAGGACAAGGCUGCUGCCUUUACCAACUGCAAAAUAGAGCUCCUUGAAGUUCUCGAGCACCGGGUACAGCAGUUGCAGGCAGAAGAGACCGCUUCAAUGUUAGAACAUAGGAGUUCAGCAGCAACUGUCCAAAUGAAAGGCAAAGAGAAGGCAGAAAAGAAAAAACCUGUUGAAACACCCAAACGCUGGAUGGAAAAGCUGAAGAAUGAGCAGGUGAAAAUGCAUCAAAGAAAAGAACGUCUGAAUGGCAAAACAGUGAAAACUGUUUCUCAUCCUGAUGAGACGUCUCAGCAGGCACCAGUGCCAAAGCCGCCAAAGCCACCAAAGACACCUAGCAAAAAGUCAAAGAAAACGCUUGAACAUAAAAAUAACAUCCAGGUACCCAUUGUUGCCCCAACAGAAGUAGAGGAUCCUCAUGUAAGUAAACUGUUACUGGAGGAUAAGGAUGGGAACAGAUAUGGAGGAGUUCAGAUGAGCAUCCUUUGCUAUUUGGAGACCUGCAUUUUCCUGGGGGAUUUGGACAGAGCUCAACAGUGCCUGAAUUAUUAUCACCAGAAUCAUUCAAGGAGGACUAUGCUGACCACUGCUAUGUACAACCUUCUCAUGAGGGCCUGGGCCAAAAAGAGCUCCUUGCAUCAUAUCGGGCAAAUCUUUGUAAUGUUGGAGGAGGCUGAUGUGAAGCCAAAUGUUGGGUCCUACGUGGCAACUUUGGAGUGCAUGGGCCGCAAGGAUUCUACCAAAAGCACAAUCGAGAAGUGCUUGAUGCGCAUGGAAGCAUCAGGAAUCUCAAAAGAGCAGCUGUUCAAGGACUUUCCCUAUGAGGGAGAUGAACAAUAUAUGGUUCUAAAAGCCAUUCGCACUGUACACAAGGACUUCCAACCUCCCCCUCCUACUAAAGUUGUUUGUAUGUCCCCACUUGUGCAAGAAUUUUACAGAAAGGAGCCACAUCCACAGUAUCCCAAAUUGGACUUCACGGUUUCUGAUUUGCGUGAUCGGUUUGACAGGCAGCUGGAAACUGAGAGUUGCGACACGGUCACGAUAGCUUCUGUGGAGGCUGUCCAACCUGUGACAGAUGAUAAGAAGGAAGCGAGGGCUUUGCUGGAUACUCUUCGUUCUCAGUGGGAAAAGUCUCUGCUUCUAGCCUUCCGAGAUUCAAAGAAACACCUGGAAGCGAUCAGCAGGAAGAUACGUAAAAUAAACCUGUACCCAUAUCUGUGUUUGCUGGAUGAUGAGCAGUAUGUGCAGAUCAUGAUGCAGUCUCUGACCAGAAUACCACCUACUGGGGAAUCAUUUCUCUUAAUGUCUCGGGAACUGGGGAAUAAAAUCUUUAACAGAAUCUCCAUCCGCAGAAAACUGCAGGGACGCUACAUGGAGAAGAUGCAAGAAAUAUACACAGAGUACUGCCAGCUUCUGGCCAAGGAUGGACAAGUUUCUGGACUUCUGCCUCGGGAAAUGUGGGAACAGUUGGAGGCGGAUAGGUGUCGGAGUCAGCACCUUAUUAAUUUGGAAACUUCUUGGCCCAAUGCCUUGCUGGUGCAAGUGGGUACAUACCUUGUGGAUUUGAUUGUGCAAGAGAUAAAGCUGCCUAGCAAUUUGCUCUCCCCACGCAGUGAAUCCAAGCUUAUCCCAGUGCUGUACCACAUGUAUUCUUUCCGGAGCACUCGUCAGAUUGGUCUCAUUAAACCUCACCCCAUCUUCAGCCAGAUCUUGUCUGAAGCUGGGGAAACACAACUUACCUUUGAAUCCUAUAUUAUGCCUAUGCAGUGCCCACCUGUUCCCUGGACCUCUCCUCGCUUUGGGGCUUAUCUUCUUAGCCCUGCUAAGCUUAUGCGCUGUGUGGAGGGAGCAAUACAGCACCAACUGCUUCUGGAGAAAAGUCCACCAGGACAAUUGAACCCGGUGCUGGACUCUCUAAACCAACUCGGAAUAUGUGCAUGGCGCAUCAAUCAGCCGCUACUGGAUAUUAUUGUGUCUAUUUUUAAUGACAAAGGUAAUGAAAAACUAGAUAUCCCCCCACCGUUAUCUGAGGCGCCACAGAUGCCUUUGCAUGUCUCUUUGAACAUUAACUCUUGGGACAAGAUGUCUUAUCAAAGAGAUUUGGCCAAAUGCCGUAAGAAAACUUCAGAGAUGUACAGCCUGCGGAUGGACUCGCUCUACAAGCUGUCAAUUGCUAAUCACCUUAGAGAUAAGAUCUUUUGGUUUCCUCACAACAUGGACUUCAGAGGGCGCACAUAUCCAUGUCCUCCAUAUUUUAACCAUCUGGGUGGUGAUGUGAUGCGGGCACUGCUGCUGUUUGCCGAGGGGAGGCCGUUAGGACCGAAAGGGUUGGACUGGCUGAAGAUCCAUCUCAUUAAUCUUACUGGCCUAAAAAAGAAAAACUCAAUAAAGGAAAGGAAGGAAUAUGCAGAGAGCAUCAUGGAAGACAUACUGGACUCUGCUGAAAGGCCGCUCACAGGUAAGAAGUGGUGGAUGGAAGCAGAUGAACCUUGGCAGGCCCUUGCUUGCUGCAUGGAGAUUGCAAAUGCGUUACGUUCCCCAGACCCUUCCCAGUAUAUCUCCCACUUCCCAGUGCACCAGGAUGGCUCCUGUAACGGUCUCCAGCAUUAUGCUGCUCUGGGAAGAGAUGAGAUAGGGGCAAAGUCAGUGAAUCUGAUGCCCUGUGACACACCUCAGGAUGUUUACAGUGGAGUUGCCCAGCAAGUGGAAGAAUUCAGAAAGAGAGAUGCUCGAAGAGGAGUGAAAAUUGCUCAAGUUCUUGAUGGUUUCAUUGGGAGGAAGCUGGUGAAACAGACGGUAAUGACGGUUGUAUAUGGCGUGACACGAUAUGGAGGCAGGCUUCAGAUUGAGAAAAGGCUAAGGGAAAUGGAGUCCUUCCCACAGGAUUUUAUAUGGGAUGCCUCUCACUACCUGGUCAAACAAGUAUUCAGCAGCCUGAAGGAGAUGUUCUCCGGUACUAGAGAGAUCCAGCUCUGGCUGACUGAAAGCGCACGUAUGAUCUCUAAGGCUGGGUACACUGUGGAGUGGAAAACACCUCUAGGACUACCCAUUAUACAGCCAUACCACCGCAGCAAGCACACUAUGUUCUCCAGUAAUUUGCAGAUAGUCAACUUGCAGAGCAGUCACGAUGCCAACGAGCGUCCAGACACCUUGAAGCAAAAAAAUGCAUUUCCUCCCAAUUUUAUCCAUUCUCUGGAUUCCACACACAUGAUGCUCACUGCUUUGCACUGCUAUAGCCAUGGUCUCACUUUUGUGUCCGUUCACGACUGCUUCUGGACCCAUGCAGACUCUGUUGACAUCAUGAACAAGGUUUGCCGGGAGCAGUUUGUGGCUCUGCACAGUCAGCCGAUACUGCAAAAUUUGUCAACCUUCUUACUUCAGAAAUACUGCCAAGAUUCAGAGACUAAGCUCUCAGACUGCCUCAGGAUGAGCCUUCAUUUCAGCAAAGUACCAGAGACCGGAGACUUUGACUUGGAGCAGGUUAAAGAAUCAACGUAUUUCUUCAGUUGAGCCAAACAUCCCAUCAGGUUUCGGUGCUGAGAAGACCCUCUAUAUUGAAAACCCCAAACUGCUGUGUUGGCGAGAUACAUACCCAAUGGUUCUGGGCAGUUAUGUGUUUGGAGUCCGUGUCAGUCUAUCCUUCCUGUGGAAGUUUUCCCUUGACUAUAAACUCCAUUAUCACAUGUGUUAAGACAGGGAAGCUUACAUGUACAUUGUUGUAAAUAAAACUGAGGUUUAAUCUUGUUUUGUA